UCCGGGGGAAUCUCGAAGAGGUUUUAACAUUAAUUUCUUCGGUAUUUCCAAUUCAAGCGUCGCGACCACAAGACUGCCAAAAGACAAUUAACACGAGCCAAUGAUGCAUCUGCAAAUGGUCCUGGCUUUGGGGCUCCUGAGUGUUGGACACUCGAGAUCACUUUACACUAGGGGAGUUGACCACCUUGUGGCGCAGAUCGUACCCGAUGGAGAGCCGUGGCCCGCAAAUGCUGAAGACUAUUUUAUGUUCAGUCAAAUCGUCCCCAAUUACACGCCAGCGUGGGCAACAACGGCGAGGGUGCCCAUAAAGCAGACAACCGAAGACAUGCACUGGGGCAGACCGGCUAUUGUCCUGCACCAAAGCAAAGACGAAACGCAGAAGGUAAUAAUCAAAGACAAGACCGGUCCCAGCACGUCGAUAAAGGCUCCGGUGCGGCCCUUGACUUCUCUAGACAAAGACGAGUUGUUUACAUCAGCUCCUAUGGAUGCAGGAAAAGCGGAGAUUUCGGUGGCAAACCUUAUCCCCGAGCAUCAAGCUGUUACUAUUAAGAAGCCGCAGAUCACCCGCUUUCAGAGGAUGAUGAACCCCGAGGACUUGGUCAUUGCAUUAUGAGAAAAAGAAAUUAAUUCAGAUCAUCCUUCUCCCAUUUCCGUUUUACUAUCUAACUUUUACUAGUUUAUAAUAAAUAAUCAUUAUUUUUCGUAAUGUUAUUCAAA